AUGUCAUCAUCGUCAUUGUCAUCAGAAGAGGACGACAAUUUCAUUGCGGAUGUGGAGGAACAGAAGGCCAUCGAAGCAGCCGUUCCGAACUCCAAGUACUCCAGUUUGGACGACCUCGUCGAGCUCCGUUGGUACUGCAUGCUCGUGCUCAUAAUGGCCGAAGUGACUGCGUUCACUGCUCUCGCAAGUGUCACAAUGAUGGUUUUCGCAGGUUUCUCUCGUUUCCUCACUAUCAUUCUCAUUUCGAGUGUUCAGGUGCCAAUCCGAAUGUGAUUGGAUGCGGAAACGAAGUGAUCAACGGUUGCCACGAAUACAAUUCACUGAAGAACCAUUCCGGAUGCACGCCUGCUUUGGAAUACCAAUUUGAAUCCGUCCAAGUGGAGGUAGGAUAUUUUCUCGCAGAAAUCAAAUCAAGUCGAAUAGCUAUUUUUAGUUCAAUUACAUCUGUGAUGACGCAAAAAAAGUGAAGAACACAAUCACGAUACAAACGUUCGGAGUGCUCGUCGGAGCUGCCAUCUUCGGACAAGUUUCGGAUAACUUUGGACGAAGAAAAGUAGGCAUUAUCCUGAGAAAUCAUUCAACAAUCCUUAUCUGCAGGCUCUGCUGAUAUCCUGUUUGGGAAAUGCUAUCUUCAACUUUAUCUCCUCGUACUCUCCCGAUCUGUUCUACUUUAUGGUCUGGCGUACCGUCGCCGGAGUCUUUGCCGGAGGAAUCACUGUGUACGUCAAGCGUUGCAUGCCACCCUAAAAAGAAUUAUUCUUCAGAGUUCAAAUGGUGUACAUGGUUGAGAACAUUCCAAGAAAUCAUCGAAUGUGGAUCCAGGUAUCCAUUCAUGUGUUUCCUGUUCACAGAAUUAACUCCAGAAUUCCAUCACCUGGUCGCCCAACCUCAUCCUGUUUCCGUACAUCGCGUACCUCGCUCACGACUGGAGAACUCUUUCCGUCGUCAUCGCGGCAGCUUCCGUCCUUUCCUUCCUCGCACUUAUGUAUGUUUACGAUCAUUGUUGCAUCUACCCAAAACCGUUUCAGAGUUCUUGAAGAGUCUCCUCGGUGGCUGGUUCAGAAAGGAAGAAUGGAAGAAGCGAGAGCACUUCUCGUCAAAAUCCGAAAGAUCGAUCGUUUGUACACCGCAGAGUUCGAAGAUGAACUGGAUGACGUUCUGAGGAUAGAAGCUGAGAAGCAUGCUCGGAGCUCGAAGAAAGCAAAGAAGUACACGUUCAUUCAUUUGUUCUGUACCUGGAAGAUGUUGGCGCGAACAGUCACAUUCAUUGUCGGAAUGUCAGUCACUCUUGACUUUAUUCUAAUCCUGUUAUUGUGAUUUCAGUAUUUGCACCACGUUUAUCGUCUACGCUCUCAUGUACAAUAUGGAAAAGUUGUCGGGGUCACUCUACUGGAACAGUGCGAUUAUCGGGGUGAGUGAAAAAAAAGAAAAGGGAUUAGAAUGAGAUGGAAAGGAAUCGUGACGAGGGCGCAAAAUGUUGUGAUCAUGUUACACCCGACAUAGUUGUUUGACUUAUGAAAAUGACGCAAAGUGACUUCAGAAUUUGACUAACUUAAAUGAUCCUGACUCUGGCAACUCUGACUCAUGUUUGCAGGCUUCCCGAUGGGUCGUGAACAUUGCCGUGAGCAUCGCCGACUACAAGCUCCCGUGGUUCGGCCGGAAACUCAUCAACCAGAUAUCCAUGGUGUUCACUCUCGCCAGUUUGGCAGUGAUGGCUGCAUACAUGUACACAGGAAACGGCGGAGACGUGCUCGCCGUCGGAACUUCCGUGGCGGUGGCCAUGUGCUCCCAACUGUUCAUCGCCAAGUAUUUGAUGGUCAACGAGUUGUACCCAACUGCAGUCCGAAACCUGGCCGUGUCUGCUGUUUCCACAAUGAGCAGAAUCGGAAGCAUGUUCUCCCCUCAGCUGUUCUACCUGGUAACCCUUCGUACCCACUCCCUUUUCAUCAUCUCCCUCUUAAGAGUGACAUUGCUGAGUGGAUUCCUUACGCAGUUCUGUUCGCAUUCCAACUCCUCGAUCUCAUCAUCUUCUGCGUGUUCAUUCCGGAGACAAAGGGCGUUCAUCUCGAGAACCACUUGCCUCCGAAGCACAAAAGGAUAUUCGGCAAACGGUCCUAA